CUAUUCCCUUCCCUGGUCGUCUGCCUGUCUUGCCAUUAUACUUUAUCCUUGACUUAUCCCAUUCUCUCCUGCUUUAUAAUUUUCUAUAGUCCUCGCAAGGCGGUCGUUCAGCAUAAGGCUCAAUGACUGAUUCUUCGCAGAAACCCAGUGUCCUCAUUUUUGGCGGUCUGAAUACCUAUUCGCGUGCGCUGGCAGCUUAUCUGGUUCCACUGGAAGGAGAUCCAUUAGUCUCACAUGUACGGAUGGUCGAUAAAUAUCAAGUCGCGCCAGCGACUACAUAUAUUGGAGCAGAGUUCCCGAAGGUUCUUGAGAAGGAGGAGGUUGACUAUCAGCAGGCAAACUUGACAGUUCCGUCCAAUAUCCCACCGCUCUUUGACCCGCCCGAGGGCCAGCCUCCAUACGAUUACGUCUUUGAUCUGACUGGUGAAGUGCGCCAGGAUCGUACAGAUAUGAUACAAAUUACAACCACAUGUAAUGUUGCCAGAAUACUCGGCGAGGAGGCCGCAAAACGCAAAGUCAAGGCAUACGUUCGACUACAGCUUCCAUUCUAUGAAACAUCAAAUAAAGGCCCGUGGGACGAAAAACAGGAUCCAAAACCCUCGGGCACAGUAGGGACUUGGUGGCAUGAAACCUUGCGAAUGCUGGCCAGCAUGGAAGACCUCAACCUGGUCGUUUUACGGGUCGCGUUGGGUUACGGCCCUUAUACAGAUUACGGUACCAUGGCGUCGUUCAUCACGGUUGCAGCUGUCUAUGGCUAUAUGAAGAAGCCCAUGAAGUCAUUAUGGUCUCCAGGAAAACAUCCAUCUCAUACUGUUCACGUUGAGGAUAUUGCUGGCGGGCUAUGGGCUUGCGCACAGUGGAUGGCGCCUUUGGGUAGGAAGGCAGCCGACGAGGCCGCAGGGGAGGACAUACCAUUCCACAAUGACAAAAACAAGCUCAAAGAUGUCCCUGAGGCACCCGCACACGACAAGAAGGUCACUGCGCCUUUGUUCAACCUUGCCGAUGAUUCGCAGAUGACGCUAGCGGAGAUCGGUCAAGUUUGCACAUCGUUCUUUGGCACAACAUUUGAUUUCUUCAACUUUUUCGAGAACACGAUUUUCAAGCUGAAGGACGACAUCGUCGAGGAAAUUAAUGAGCUUCAUGUUGGUCACUGGACAGAGAUGAUUCUCAAGUCUGAUCCGCCGAUUCCUAACACCCCCCUGUCCGCCUACAUGGACAAGUACUACCUAGAGAAGACCGUCGUCGGUUUCAGCAACUCUAAGAUCAAGUCUGUGACCGGUUAUGAGCUAAGCAAGCCACGGUUCAAUCACGACACGAUCAAGGACAUGAUUGAGAAAUGGAAAGCUGAGGGCAGUUGGCCUAUUUUAUGAUUUCUUUGCGGUUUCCUCUGGAUUUCUAAUUUUUGUGCAUCAUCUGUUUUCGUUCUCGUCAGUGUUUCAGUAUAGGAUUUCAAGCAUUAAGUUACUCGAUAAUACUCAUUCUCUCCUAACUGCCUCUUUCGCGCUCAAGUUUAGUCUUUAUACCUCUCAUUUGCUGCCGCUACCCGUCGGUCUCGUCUCAUACCUACAUAGUUUAACUCUGUCCAAUAUAAUAAUCGUUUUUCAUUGCACUAGUACUCA